AUUUUAUUCAUCUCAUCUGUUCAUUUAGCUGUUUUCCACUCAGUUUUACCAUUAUAUACCGGAUGAUAUCUUUCCGCUUUAAUUUUCUUGUUAUGAAGAUCACAUAGUAAGAAUGAAGAAAACCAAAUUGAUUGGAUUUUUCAGCCCACAUCACCCUUGCAAUUUUAGUCAGUUCAACGCUCAAUCUGCCAACCUAUAAUACUGUUAAUGUGAUACGUAGUUUCGGUCUUCAAUAUGAGAGACCUGAAGCAAUAUUAAAUUUUGAGAAAUGUCUACUUGUCAUAAUUCUCUAGAAAAAUCUCACACAAUAAGAAAGUACUCUUGAAUCUUGUAUCAUUUUCCUCAAUAUGCCGUACAUGCUGCUUUUUCACAAGCAUCUUGUGAACAAUGAAACACCAAAAAAACAGUGAGAAUUUUGAACAGAAGCGGGAAAGUGGAAGAAGAAGAAUGGCAUCCCUCGUACCUGGAGUUCUACUGAAGCUUCUCAAGACCAUAAACUCUGAUGUGAAAGUUCUCGGGGAACACCGAUCGGUACUUCUUCAGGUGGUCAGUAUUGUGCCUGCCCUAGCUGGGUCGGAAUUAUGGCCCAACCAAGGUUUCUUCAUAAAAGUAUCUGACUCUUUUCAUUCAACCUAUGCUUCACUCUCAAAGGAAGACAGUGAGCUAAUUCUGACCAAUGAGUUGCAGCAGCUUGGACAGUUCUUCUACGUCGAAAAAAUGGAGGCAGGAACACAAGUUCCUGUUCUUGUUGGGGUUAGACCAGUUCCUGGAAGACACCCUUUUGUGGGAGAUCCUAAGGAUUUAAUGCAGAUUUUAGAUCCAUCAGAGGGUUAUGUAGAAACGGAAAAUGAAGGUGUACUUAAAGAGACUCAAAGUCCUAGGCAGAAGAGGAUUGUUAUUAGGGAGGAAAAGGCUGGAAUUGCAUCCAGGUAUAUGCAGGGUGUUUCAACAUCAAUGAACGUGAAUGGACCAGGUACUAAUGGAGGAAAUAAAGGAGAUGAUAUAGAACAUGGAAGAGGUAAAAAAGUUGGGUCAGCUAAAAGAAAGCCAAAAGAGAUUAUAGUUAAGGUGCCUGCAAUAAUUCCAACGUGUGAUCGACCUGAACUACUUUCAACAAAGCAAGAGUCUGCUCAAUGUAACAUCCAGGAGACUACUCUAGUGCCUUCUAAGUGCAAUUCUUCAAAAAGAAGUUCUACCAAAAAGGAAAAUUCGGACUUGAACUUCUUCUCCAGCAGUAAAGAUAAAAUCCAUACCUCAGAAGCAAUUCCAUGGUCCUCUUUGUCUCGCUACCUCUUGAAGCCUAGCAAGGGAAUGCUUAGAAGGAAACAUUUAGCAUCAAUGGUUGCAGUUGAAGCUCAAAGAGAAGCAUCUGCUGCAUCAAUCCUUGUCAGGUGCCUAAGGGAGGAGCUAACUCAAUAUCAGCUAUUAGAGAGGGGAAACAAACUGAUGGACCAAAGAAACGCCAAAAUCUCAUUGAAAGACAAAUCACUUCAGUCAAGCAAUUUAUCAUCUCAUGAAAAAACAGAUAAAUCUGGCAGAAAGACAAGCUUGGUCCCAGGUAAAAAUACCACCUUGAAGUCCUCGAAACCUCAAAUUGAACUAUCAGUGUCUGGGAAACUAGAAUGGGCCAAAGGUGAUGGUCUAAAAGAGGCAAAUGAGCUGAGACAAAUCCUCAUAAAAGAGACAAGAUCAUGGUUUCUGAGGUACUUAGAAAAGACAUUGGAUUCAGGGUUUUCUUCCUCGGGAACCCAAGGGAAAAAGGACAGAGUCAAUAAGGAUAUUGCUCUCACGUUGUCAAACCUUAAGAAUGCAAAGGAGUGGUUGGAUAAGCAGAGUAGCACUCUAGACAUUGAGAGUGAAGAGAUGGUUGAGACUGUCGAGAGAUUGAAGCAGAAAGUUUGCUCCAGCUUGCUGGUUCAAGUUGGUUCUGCUGCAUCAGCUUUGGAGAAAUGUGCUUAAAAAACCGAGGACAACAAACUGGUCUUAAAGUAUUUAUUAAUUAUUAUUCCUCUGUUGGUAUUUUUUAACCUAAAAAUUAUUUGUUGUGGUCGAGCCAAUCAUUGGUAACGUAAGAUUGGCUUGCUUUGCUUGUGAUGUAUGGUGAUAUUUAUGUAAUUAAAACAGGAGACCUUCUAAUUUACGCUUCGUGGCCCUUGUAUCACCAUUUAAAUAAAAGUCAAUUUUAUACAUGAGAUCAAUCAAUCACCCUUUUUAGGGAA